UCAGACUCGUCUGAGCCAACUUCUUUGCCAAUACCUCUUGUUGUGCCAGUUUUUUCUGCGCCGGGUGAUGAUGAGGAUCUUCUGGUUGUCUCUUUUCCUCAUGUUUCUCCUGAUACUGGGUCUUCUGCUAUUGAUAUGGACACGCCUGACAAUAGGAGAUUCUGUUACCACUACACCUCCCACUCUUCCAGUGGAGCUAUUGGGUCGUUGUCAUCGGACUAAGGUUUCUUCCACUCGGCUGAAGAAAUUU